AGAAAGCAAGUCUCCGCUCACAAUGUCCUCCGCAGGGUUGGAGAUCUUGGCCAUAGGCCUGUGCAUUGUUGGUUGGAUAGGGACCAUCAUCGCUUGCGCCCUGCCCAUGUGGAGGGUCACCGCGUUUAUCGGGAACAACAUUGUCGUGGCGCAGAUCAUCUGGGAGGGGCUGUGGAUGAACUGCAUUGUGCAGAGCACCGGGCAGAUGCAGUGCAAGAUCUACGACUCCAUGCUGGCCCUCUCGCAGGACGUCCAAGCUGCCCGGGCCCUCAUGGUCGUCUCUGUGCUGCUGGCCAUCCUGGCACUGCUGGUGGCCAUCGUGGGAGCCAAGUGCACCAACUGCGUGGAGGACGAGGGGGCCAAGGCACGCAUCGUCAUCACCUCGGGGGCGCUCUUCAUCAUCUCGGGUCUCUUGACCCUCAUCCCGGUGUGCUGGUCGGCCAACUCGAUAAUCCGCGACUUCUACAACCCAAUGGUGGUCGAGGCCCUGAAAAGGGAGCUGGGGGCCGCCCUCUAUGUUGGCUGGGCAGCUUCUGCACUGCUGCUGCUUGGAGGGUCUCUUCUAUGUUGCUCCUGCCCGCCGCGGGAAGACCGCUACCCAGCCCGCAUUGGGUACUCCGUCCCGGCCAGAUCCACUGCGCCUCCAGGCAGUGGGAUCGACAAGAGGGACUAUGUAUGAAGAGCUGUGGUUGGGGGGAGGGUAGACUUGCCAGAUGUUGCUAGGCCCAAACCCUGACAGGAGUUACUGGCCCAAGGACUUUUUCAGCGGGGGAAAUGGGACAAAGCCAAUCGGUAUGGGUUGAGCCGUGAUAUCUGGCAAUUCUCAGUUGCGUGCACAUGCACAGGUGUAUGUGUGAGACCAUGAGCGGGUGGGAGAUUAGGGGAAACAUGAACAAAUAAACGGAUAUGUGAGAGAAUGAACAAACAAUUAGGAAAGAGAUGAGUGGGGCAGCAAACACAACUGGAAUGCAGAAACUGUACCUGAGGAGGCUGAGCAAAUGAGAGCAGGGAGAUGGGACAAGGAUAAUGCGGGCCAAGUUAAUGGCUAAGCCAGCAAAUGAUUGUUUGGGAAUGGAGGCAUAGGGGCAGAUAAGAACGGAGAGGCACUUGUGAACAAACAAAACGCAGGCAGAAACAUGAGAAGAGCCAGGGAAAUUAAAUAUGAGAGAAAGAGGAAACACUGAGGAGGACUGUCUGUCUUGUUAUAAAGCAGCUCUGCUGCAAGAACCAGCUCAUUAGAAAAAGUUUCGUCAAGAACAAAAAGUGAGGGGGAAACGGAGAGUCAGAGAACAAGUGGUUUUUAAUAUUGGAAAUGGCAAUUGGAUGCUGACAUGGCUGAAACAAAAGAGGGAAUUGACGGGGUGAGGUUUGAGGGUAGAAAUGAAACUAAUCAAAGGAGAAAUGGGCAGGGUAAGCAAGCCUACCCAAACCUGGCAUAUCAAGAACAAAGAGACCACAAGGGGUGUGGAGAAUGGAGGCAAGGCACGACUUCCUCACAAGGCUUGUGUGAGAAUGGCGGGAUAAAAUGGGAAGUGAGGAACAAGAGCCUUGGUUUGGUGAGUGCAGGGGGGCUAGGCAGGAUGUGGCAGGAGACCCUGACC